AUGCCAGAUGCCCAGUUUUGGAUGUAUCAAAGUGAUUUCAACUCACCCAGAGAUGAGUCGCAGACUCUCUAUACCCGGUGGAUGUCCUAUAUCACUACUGAAUCGAUGAGACUGUCGCUGUAUACCCUAGUCUUCCUGGACUCACACACAUUUUCACCUUGCAAUUCUCGACCCUUGAUGUCACCGAUGGAGCUUGGCUGGGAACUUCCCUUCCCUAUCAGUCUAUGGGAGGCCAAAAACCCUCAUAUAUGGCUUCUGAGGUUCAAUGAGAACUUCGGACCAUUGAGCUUUUCAAUAGCCAACAGUCUGUUACACGGGCCACGCGGCCUGGGGACGGCCUCUUUGACCAUUGCUACUCAGCAACUCAUGACCCAAACACCGGACUCAGAACUUUUAGCGGCGCUAGAAGCAUCCCCCUUUGCCGCGUUUUGCGUUUUGACGAACAUCGGUGCUCUGGUGCGAGACUUUACGCGAUGUUACUAUCAAAUGCCGCCAAGUCCGUCUGAUCCAAAUCCGUUCCAUAUACUGACCCAGGCUCAGAACAAACAAGUACACACCGCGAUAGAAGCAAUCGCGAAGAUUGUCAAAAAGCAGGCUUAUACUGGCGACAGCCCUCAGUUUCUUCUAUGGAGAACGAAUGAGCUCUUUCUCUCUUCCAUCAAUAUCAGCUUGUGUCGCCCGGAUCAACUCUUGAUAGCAGGCAUUGUGGAUAACAGCUUGAUAGCUGGGAUGGCUGCAUCCACUCACCUAACCCAAGGGAACCUUGUCGCGAUUCGGCGGUCAACACCUCUUGUGCCUCAUCAUGUCGGUGGCGACGAGGGAAUUGUGGCUCUUCUGAAAGAUUUAUCGGUCGCAUUGUCCAGCAUAUUCGGAGAAGAGCAGGACAAAGUGGCACGUGAAGCUCCAUGGGUCACUGUGGCUAGUUACGGUGUUUUAUUAUGCAUAUGGGGAGCGCUAAGACGUGCAAGCAGUGAUAUUCGACACCAUUUGGACACCUUCAACGAACUUCCAAUCACGUCGGAAUCCUGCAUGUUGAUCUUCAACACUCUCAUGGAGUCAGCCCUUCUCCAUUAUCCCACCGAGAAUGAUCGGGUCACACGAGACCCCCGCUUGUGGACCAUGGAUCGAGAGGCUUUCGUUAGUCUUCUCGAUGAAGGCGAGUCACUAUUCGUCAAUUUGAUCAAGGCAUUCUGUCAGCGGAGAUCCUUGUGGGGAAUUGGACCUUCGAUGCUGGCUGUGCUGGGCGAAAUUCCCGCUACUGGAGCCGAGUGA